UUCCGUCAUAUCCUCUUCACCGCGUCGUUUGAAGUGGAUGGUAAAGUUUAUCUCCAUAAUAACCAGUAAUAAUUAAUCAGAAUUUCACGAGUUUGCAAACAUUAUUGCAAAAUCUAAACAUUAUUACAACUCGUAUGUGAAUUCAAUUACUUGAUUUGUCUGUUAAACCCUCUAUGGUCUGAACUUUGACAUUUAGAAGCGACCGGAUCAGCAUAUGAUGUAAUGUAAACAAGAUCUCGAGCAGACUGAGAAGAUCAACACGUUGAUAUAUGAAUAUAUGUGAAGGUUUAAGCGACGACAUGUAUGUGUUUCGCGACUGUAGGUUUUAGAGAGACUCAUAAGCCUGUCAGGCUCAGUUUGAGUGAUGUCUCUGAGUCUGACUCCAGAACAGCAGCGGAGGAUAGAAGAGAACAGACAGCGAGCUCUGGCCAGAAGAGCUGAGAGACAGGCUCAACUGACCCCUGCAUCUGCCCAAAACAAGCCCAUAGAGUCAGCAGGACCAGCAAAGAACAGCCAGCUGUUUACAUCUGAUCAGGCACAUCCAGGGGCAGCUGGUCGACAGACUCAGCCCUUAGACUCUAAAGGUCCCAGUACAAAGACAGCACCUCCAACUUCCAACACCGCUUCUCCAACUUGUAGCUUUUAUGGACAGGCGGGCAAACCGACCACAGGAGAGAAGCGGCCAUCAACACUCCCUGAGACAGGAGGAAAUAUCCCUGCAAAGAAGCCGGCGGUGUCCAUAAAAGGGAGAUGUGUGUCGCACACAGAAAAUCGUUUCCGAGUAGAAGUCGGCUACAAUGCAGACCUCAUCACGGUAUUCAAAAGCAUUCCCUCCAAAAACUACGAUCCUGCAACAAAAAUGUGGAACUUCAGCCUCGAGGACUACCAGAUGCUGAUGGAGCAGGCAGCGAGUUUCCCCUCCGUCUCUCUCAAACCUCUGGCUGGGAUGGAAGGGUUGAAUAUUUCAGCAUCCACCAGUCGCCCCAAGGAUGCAGCGGCUCUGUCGGCUCUGAUGCGGCUCUGUCAGGGUUGGCAGAAACCAGGUGCCACGAUAAAGGGGAAGUGCGUUUUAGUGUCUCGCUCUCGGCUGGAAGUCGAUGUUGGAUACCAGGCCGAUGUUAUUGGGAUCUUCAAGCAAAUGCCGUCCAGAUGUUAUGACAUGAAGACCAGAAAGUGGACUUUCCUUCUGGAGGAUUACGGGAAGCUCAUGGCGGAUCUGAAUGAGCUGUCCUCGGUGGAGAUCGAGCCUUUACCUCACGCUGUGCUCCAGUCCUUCUGCGCUCAGUUUGAGAAGAGUGAGUCCGGAGCUCCAGUCCCUCCUGAGGCCGAUCUCUCACACGUAGAUCCACAGCUCACACGCAGCCUCAUGCCCUUCCAGAGGGAUGGAGUCAAUUUUGCAGUGUCCAGAGAGGGCCGUUUGCUUCUGGCUGAUGACAUGGGCCUGGGGAAGACGGUCCAGGCCAUCUGCAUCGCUGCCUACUACAGAAGUGAGUGGCCUCUGCUGGUGGUCGCCCCGUCCUCAGUGCGCUUCACAUGGGCUGAGGCUUUCCGCCGAUGGCUGCCUUCAGUGAGCGCCGACGACAUUAAUGUAGUUGUGACAGGCAGGGACAGCCUCCGCUCCGGUCUCAUCAACAUCAUCAGCUACGAUCUGCUCAACAAGAUGGACAAACAGCCGCCAUCCAGCCCUUUCAGUGUGAUCAUUAUGGAUGAGUCUCACUUCCUGAAGAACAUGAAAACUGUCCGCUGUCGGGCGGCUCUUCCUCUACUGAAGGCCGCUAAGAGAGUGAUCCUGCUGUCGGGAACGCCUGCCAUGUCCAGACCUGCUGAGCUCUACACUCAGAUCCUGGCUGUGAGGCCUUCCCUGUUUCCACGUUUCCAUGACUUCGGCACACGUUACUGUGAUGCCAAACAGCUCCCGUGGGGGUGGGAUUACUCCGGCUCGUCUCAUCUGAGCGAACUGAAGUUGCUGCUCGAGGAGUCUCUGAUGCUCAGACGGCUCAAAUCAGAGGUGCUGUCACAGCUUCCUGCCAAACAGCGUAAGGUGGUCACUGUGACGACAGACGGCAUCAACUCCCGCACCAAAGCUGCCCUCAACGCCGCUGCCAAAGAGCUCGCCAAAGGAUACCACAACAAGUCACAAGAAAAGGAAGCUCUCCUGGUUUUCUUCAACCACACAGCAGAGGCCAAGAUCCGAGCCAUCAUGGAGUACAUCUCAGACACGCUGGAGUGCGGACGAGAGAAGUUUCUGGUGUUUGCUCAUCACAAACUGGUGCUGGACAGUAUAACCAAAGAACUCGGUGAGAAGGGAAUCAGUUACAUCCGUAUAGACGGAUCGACGCCGUCAGCGGAGCGACAGCAGCUGUGUGACAGAUUCCAGUCUUCACACAAGAGCUGCGUGGCUGUUCUCUCCAUCACGGCCGCUAACAUGGGCAUCACGCUGCACUCGGCCGACCUCGUGGUCUUCGCUGAGCUCUUCUGGAACCCUGGAGUCCUGAUUCAAGCUGAGGACCGGGUGCACAGGAUCGGACAGACCAGUAAUGUGGACAUUCAUUACCUGGUUGCUAAAGGCACAGCGGACGAUUACCUUUGGCCCAUGAUACAAGACAAAAUGAAUGUUCUGGAGCAGGUCGGCUUGUCUGAAUCCAACAUUUCAGAGAACGCAGAAUCUGCCAGCUUCCACAGCAAGGACCCUCAGCAGCUGACCAUCACAGAGAUGUUUCAGAGGUCCUUCGAUGAGGAGGAGAUGCUCGCUUUAGUCGAUCAAGAUCAGUAAGAAGAUGAUUGUGCAGAUUUCAAGAAUUUGUCGCAUCCCCUGAAACACAGACGACAAGCUUCAUCGCAUUUACAUCACAUAUAAAAGAUAAAAAUAAAGUUUAUUUAUAAUUCCAGUAUAACGUCACUGACUUUGUGUGAUCAAUGUUGAUCACGUUUCUGACACGAGUUCAUCUGUCAUGUUUGUCUAACAGAUCACUGAUUCUUAAAGCAUGGGACAAAACAGACUACAGAACUGAAAUAAAUAAAAGUUUAUGCUUCAAGGAA